AUGGAUCCAAAUAAAAGCCAAGUCUCCUUCGCCCACAGAAGCAAGGGAGGCAGCAGAAGUGGUCCAGCCAGUGUCUCUGGGAUCUACCACCUUCCCAAAGCAGUAAGGUUGCCCAGCGGCUGCACCACAAAGCAGAAGAUGUUGAAGCUUUGCGUCCUGAGUGUCCUCCUUUGCCUCCUUGUCCCCUCGCAAGGGUCCACCCCAGGGACUGUAGUGAGGGUCAACCAAGAAGCCCUUGAGUAUGUCUGCCAGCAAGGGAAGCCAUCCUUGCUGCGAGGUCUCAUGGUCAUACAGAUCCCGAAUUUCAUGAGCCCACGAACCAUUAUCGGAUCACUCCUGAAGGUCGUGGGAAUCCGAGUUUUGAACGCUCAGCUCCCUCAUCUCUCCGUGAAGCUGAUCCCAAGGACUGGCGUCCAGCUGUCCCUCAGUGCCCAGCUGCACAUCCGAGGCAGCGUCUUGAUUGCUCCAGUGGAGCUGAGGGUGGGCUCCUCCAUCCUGCUCGAUGUCCGUGUCAUGAGAAGCCCCCAUGGAUUCCCCAUCCUGAGCGUCACGGCCUGCAAGUCCCUUCUGGGAGACGUGGACAUCCUCCUGGGAGGUAGCAAUUUGCUGGGCUUCCUGAAACCCCUUCAGAACCACAUCCGUGCUGUCUUAGUUGACAAGAUGUGCCUGAGCCUCUCCAGCGUGGUCCUGGGACUGAAUGCCAGGCUGGGCACUUUGGUUGGCCUGAAUUCCAUCAACCCCAUGUCAAGCCUCCAGUACGCCAUGAUGGAAGAUCCUGAGAUCACCGAAGAUUACAUCGAUUUGGAUUUAAACGCUGUCAUUGCGCUGAUGGGGAAGCCAGUCGACUUCGAACCUGCCGGCCCUCUGCCCCCUUUCUCUCUGCCACCCCCAGAGACGGUUUCCGACGACUCCAUGGUGAACAUGGGCCUCUCGGAGCAUCUCUUUGCAAGCCUUUUCGCCAGCCUGGAGCAAUCGGGAGCCCUGAACCUCCAAAUCGGAGGCCAGUCGAGCCACCUCACCACCUCCAUGCUGGAGCAGGCCAUCCCCUCGAUCUCAAAGCGUUACCCCCAGGCUGUUGCCUUGAUGCUCAACGUGGUGGUCAGCAAGCUUCCCAUCAUCAGCUUCCAUGAGGGCGCAGGGAUCCUGCGCCUCAGUCCCGCCAUCCAGGUGGGCGUGGCUGAAUCCGGAUCUUUCCAACAGUCGCAGGCACUCUUCACCUUGGGCGUGGACCUGACCUUAGCUGUCAAGCUGGAUGUCACCAUUACAAGUCUCCAUCUGACAGUUGCCGUCCAUGGAGAUGUUGGUCUGGAGGUGGAGUCUUCUAGCAUGGAGAUAACAGAGAUCUCCCAUUUGAGACGUGUGGUCCUCUCUGAAUUUCAGGAUGCUUUCCUGGCUCACGUCAACGCUGCUCUGAGAGUGGGGAUCUCUCUUCCCAAGCUCAACAACGUCCAGUACAUCGAGCCUGAGAUCGAGAUUCAUGAGGGUUAUGCUCAGGUCAACUGUGACCUUGACUACCAGCCCUGAGCUGAAAAGAAGAGCACAGAGUCCUCCUCUGCAAGGCACAUUUAUCUCUGCUCUUUGCACCUGCAAAUCCUUUCGCUUUUGAAUGAAGGAGAGUCUACCUUUCUUUGCUGCAUGACACAGAGGAAACACACCUGGUGGUUUGGCAGCAGGCAAUGAACAGGGGUGCGAUCUGGAACCCAUUCGCUCAGAAAUAAGGCCUGCCAAUUUAAAGGAAACUUACUUCCCAGUAACGCACGGGUUCAUGCAUUCAUUAGGUGUUCUGCUUUCUCAAUUCUUUUCCUGUAAAUGUUGUUGAGUGAAAUAAAUACUAUGGGCAGCAA